GCUAGCAUGGCGGCCGCGUCUAGCAUGGCGGCCGCGUCUGGAAGUGAAGUUGCUAGCAGCAUGGACUUGAGUGUUCUACGCUACAGUAACGUGUGGGAAGAUCAUGCUGUGCUCGAAACGGCGCUAAACGUUCAACCAGAUGACGAUGUUUUGUCUGUAGCGAGCUGCGGGGACAAUGCACUCAAUCUUCUCCUCGCAGGAGAGCCCCGUUCUGUUACUGCUAUUGAUAUGAGCGAGGCUCAGAUUGCAGUGGUGCAACUCAAAUUGGCAGCAAUACGACAUUUGCCUUCACAUCGCGAUUUUUUGACUUUGUUGGGGAAAGAUGGUUUGUCGGAGCGACGGUUGGAUAUCUACACUAGUCUUAAGGCUUAUCUUCCUUCGUCUUGUUCAUCAUACUUUGACUCUCGCUUGAGUCUUAUUGAAGAUGGACUUGCGUCAUCUGGACGUUUGGAGAAGUUCCUUGCAGGUUUCCCACUGGGCUGCUUUUCCAAGGUCACUCAGUCUCAAGUAGAUUUGCUCUUCAAUUCAAAAGAUUUGCAGCAACAGUGCAAGAUCUUUGAGUCAUUUCCUCUCGACGAAUUGAAGAAAGAUUUUUUGGAAUUUAAUUCAUUUGAUCGUGUUGCCAGACAUGCUCGUCAUCCUGCUCAAAUGAAAUACAUCAGAGAUAGCAAUUAUGGUGACAGCUUGUGGCUCAGAUUUGUACACGUUGCUACUGAAAUUCCCAUUCAAACCAAUUGCUACUUUUCUUGGUUAUUUAAUGGAUACACUACGACACAUCCUGCUGAUCCACCCUAUCUUCAGGAAAAGAAUUAUGUUCGUCUUCGUUCUCUUGUGGAUCGUGUGACUGUUAUUGAGGACACAUUGGAAAACCAUCUUGAUCAGGCUACCGGUCAAUCAUCAUUUAGCAAAGCUAAUUUAUCUGAUAUAUUUGAAUAUAUGAGUGAAGAUCAUGCUGAUGCUGUGUUUCAUCUUCUGGUGUCAAAGUGUCGACCAGGAGGGCGACUGGCAUACUGGAAUCUUUUCACACCACGUCAGGCUCCGGACAGUUUAAUGAAAGGACAGUUAACAUCAUUGUCCGAAAUAGCUAGUCGUCUCCACAGUGAAGACAGGGUAUACUUCUAUUCGUCAUUUCACGUGGAAGAGGUUGCCAAGUAAGAGUAAACACUGUUGGGUCUCAAGUCUUGUCAAUAGCAUUUAUGUAGAAAGACCAUUAUCUCAAAGCCCUGUGCUCUGUCUACAUCUGCCAAUCAUGACUGGACUGCUGCACAAGAGAUGCAUGGUUGUCUUUGACUGGAUUGCGUGCAUGCUUACUCAAUAAGCUGAUUUGUUAUGCGUUUUAUACAUUUUUCAGUGUUUCAAGUUUUACAUAAUAGCAGCCAGCAUGGAAUUGUAUCACAUAUAAGUUCAGUUCUCUUUCAAUCUGACUCUACUGCAGAAUACAAAAGUUCAUUUCUGAUACAUACAAAUCAUUUGAAACGUUUUCUAGCUUAUAGUUUUUAUUCAAUGCAACUAAAUUCUACUUUCAGUUCAGUCUG